AUGACGGAAAUCGCAGCCUCGUUGAUAGGUAUUGCGACAUUCGGCAUCAAAUUGACCACGACUCUGUAUGAAUUUGGCGCGAACGCCGCCUCUGCAAGAGAACAGACCGAUCGUAUCGCUCGACAUCUCCGUCUCUACUCAGAAGUUCUCGAAGUGUUGGUCGUCCGCAUCGAUGAUGGUGAGCCUAUCCAUUCUGCCAAGGCACUCAGCCUAGUCGAUGAAAUAUACGAUCAAUCGUAUGAUCUCUUCGAUGACAUCAAAAACUUGAUUCCCCAGAAAGGGGUUCGAAUGAGUUUUAUGCGGAAGCUCGCCUGGAAUUUUAAGAAAUCCAGGGUUGCGUUGGUGGUUUCCGAGAUUGAAUACCUCAAAAGUACUGUGACCCUCCUUGUAACUGUUCUGUUUGCAGGGAGGAAGAUCCGGUCCUCAAGACGUAAGACGCGGUCGAAAAAGGAAUCGAAGAAGGAUCGUGAAGAAGUGGAUCGUGAGUGUGCGAAGGUGAAAAUUGCCAUCGUGGAACAAAUGAAUGCCUCUGCCCACAAGCUGGAUAUGCAAGUCAAGGUUGAAGAGGAAGAGAGGAACGAGCCAAGCUUGGCCCGUGAUAGCCAGGAGCGAGCCCUUAUCAGACCAGGAGCUGGAGUCCUCCAACACAGCCUCGAAAUAGUGAAAUUUAGAGAAUCACUUGGGCGCACAGAGGACCAAGGGGAGGAGAGGGCUCUGGUCCUCAAUCAUUCAGCCGACCUGAUCGCAAAUCUACUCGAUCAAUGGACCACUUUGGCGGAUGAUGCUACAAACCCAUCAGUCGCGCAGGGUGACAAUGGAUUCGGCGAUUCUGGUGCAUCGAAGAUCUCCCAGCCUAAUCAAGGUUCGGAAAAUUUGGUCUUCAUGGAUGACAACCAACAUGGAGAGGCCACGAUCAGCAAUAUCUCGAACAAGCUACAAGGAGAGGCAUCUAGAGAAGAAAAUCAUAGGAACAUGUUAACGGAAGCUUACCUUGACGUGCGAAAUAGGGCAGAGCGAGCAGAAGAAGAAUUGGCGAGGUUGAAGGCAUCUUUGCAAGAUUCUCGAAAAACCACGACGCCGGAGAAUAUCCAGCCUAGCGAGAACAUAUAUUUUGCAGCCUCCUCAUCAGAUAGUGACGUAAGUCACUACAUACCCGAUUAUGGCGAUAAUGUGGCUGAGAUAUGUGAGUCUGAUGGACGAAAUAUCAGAGAAAGCAUUGAGGCGGGAAUGCCAAGGACUCGGAAUGAAAUCCAGGCUGAAUCGCGUUGGUAUGAUCAGGAAAGUGAGAGGCUUCGGGGUCAGCAUUGGAGUCACAGCGAUGACGAAGACGAGCAGAAAUGGAAAGCCCACCAAAAACGCAGGCUUGCGGAGAUGGUCACUCCGAGGUUUGGUUCAGAUGGGAUGAUCGAGGCACGAAGCACGGUCCGAAAUCAAGACAGAGCCACCUAUCCUAGAACACCACUCAAUGAUGACGCGAGACUACAUCCAAAAAGCCGUGUUGGAAUGACUAGAGGUGCCGCAAUGAUGGCUGAGAUGUGGCCCACAGGAAGUCCUCGAACGAGAGUGGCCGCUGCCAGUUCCAAGAAGUUCUCUGACCCAAAAUUGGGUGUGAAUGCUAAUGAGGAGCAAACAGCAAAUAGGGGCAUGGGAAGACCCCCUCCCAAUAGCGAUCGUCUAAGAGGUGAUCAGAGGGAAAGUUCCGAGUAUCCAGAGCCUCGAUAUAGUGGACGUGAGGAUCCACCCGUCAACCGGACUUCAAAGCAACGUGGUAAAUACGAAAUUGUGGAUCCUGAAUGGUAUUCCAGGCCCGUUGAGAGACCUUCCAGGCGUGUUAGUACUAAGUACCAAAUUGUGGAUCCUGAAGAUGUAUAA